UUCAGUAGAUUGUACACACUGUAAAGGAAGACCUGGGUGGAUAUAAACGUUCCAAGGAAUCACAGAGGAAUAACUUCCCGCUCCAUCUUCACAAAAGGAAAUACUUGCUUUUAGGCUCAAUUACAAAUCACCGGGAUUAAGCGACAUCAUAUUGUAGCUGAACCAUGCCUGUGUCUAGGAUGAGAAUGAGGCCUUGGCUGGAGGAUAAGAUUGAGUCCAACUCCAUCAGUGGAUUGGUGUGGGUGGACAAGGACAAGAAGAUAUUCUCCAUCCCAUGGAAGCAUGCUGCACGUCAUGGAUGGGACCUGAACAAGGAUGCCUGUCUAUUCAAGCAAUGGGCCAUGCACACAGGGAAAUUCAUACAAGGCGAGACUACACCAGACCCUAAGACAUGGAAGGCUAAUUUCCGCUGUGCAAUGAACUCCCUUCCUGACAUCAAGGAGGUGAAAGACAAGAGCAUCAACAGAGGGUCAGGAGCGGUGCGCGUUUACAAAAUGCUGAACGUCAGCACAAAGCCAAAUAACAAGAGGUCAAAAGCAAAGGAUGCAAAGAAAAAUGACAAGGGGUUAAAGAUCAAGACAGAGGAAAUGGACAACAGUGCAACCCAUUGCCUCGAGGAUCGCAACACCAACACACACCUGCAGGAGGACAGAAAGAUACAGGAGAACAAAGUCGACAGCUCAGACAACCUAGGGGAGACCAUCACAGCAGCGUCAUAUCUUGAUGGCUCUGUCAAUCACCCUGAUGUUCCAGACUUUAUCACCUCUGUGGAAAUAGGACCAGACAGCAUCAACUACUACUCGUCUUUCCAAGUGUCACCGGAUCACUCCACAGACUAUGAAGAUUUGAACGAAGAAACACUUAUUGAGAUUGCACAGCAUUGGGAGCAAUUGGAGCAAUUGGAGCUGCCAGGCAGUGUAAACAGCAAGGGGUUCCUGAGCAAUGAAGUAGCUACAGUAGAGUCAUACAACACUGCAGAGUCUAACCACAGUCCAGAGAGCCAAUGGAGUGAUAACUCAGGGUCGGAAAUAGAGCUGCGGUUAUACACAGAACUGAGCCCAGGCCUACCAAUGGCUGAAGAUCUCGUCUCUUACGCCGACCAUUGGGCUCUGAACAACACACUGAACAACAACACGACCAGUUAUCUCCAACAGAUCUCUUGCCCACUUUGAGCCAUGCCUGGAUUUCCUGGCCACUGUGAGCCCUGCCUACUCUUUCCCAGACACUGUUCAGAAACAAAAGACCACUCUGACUCUACAGUCUAAAAGACUUCUUUAUUUCGUGACCUCUGAACCUUAAGCUACACCAUCUUUGCCAUUUGACCUCUGCUGUUCUGUGACAGUUGGUGGAUCUCUGAAGUGAUUUGGCAUUUUUGACAGGAAUUUUUUAACCAAGUGUCAUGCUCUACUGUGUUUCUAGUCUUUAUUAAAUCAUUGUGCUCAUAGCUGUGUUGAUGAUUUACAAGAUCCAUAGUUGAUAUGAGGGCACCUAUCCCGUUGCCAGCUCAACACAGACACUCUCCACAGAAACUCUCCACUUGGGUGGGCAAAACUAUAUCAGUUUUUUCUGUUUUACUGUGAAAAUAAAAUCCGUUAUUUACACUUGUAUAUAGCUGUAUAUUCCAGGACAAUAAUCAUUCAUAACAAACUAUGGUGAAAAAUUGUCUCUUAAUUUGGUGAAAAGUCUUAAAGAUGUACUGUUUUGUAUAUUGAAUCUGUAAAUAAUGUAUUUGUAUUGAAUAUUUGUGUUGUGGUUUGUUUUAUACAAAAUAAAUAAAAUACCAACUUA